ACAGAUAAUCGCUUCCCUUAUUUUUUUUUUCUUUUUCUUUUCCCUCUUUUUUAAUACAAGUCCAGUUUUCCGCUCUCUGUACCAAAAUUUUCCCGAGAAAAUCCUAGUCCGGAGCUUUCAUCAGUCCCAAAUUCAAUCCCAUCCAUCACUAAGCCUUUGCAAUCUCCACCUGAAGAUGAUGUCUCCUCCAAGAAGAAAGAAAUGGACUGAAGCAGAAGAGAGAACCCUAAUCUCAAAGUAUGGAGAGAUGGUCUCUGAUGGAACCCUCGCCAAGAUGAAAACCCGUGAGAAGAAAUUCCAACCCAUUGCUUGUUAUGUCAAUUCGGUGCACCACGCUCGCGAUUCUAUCGCGUACCCUUGGCAAUGGACUUGGAAGGACGUGUCCACCAAGGUCCAGAACAUGAGGCACCAGUACUUGCUUGUCAAGCAAAAGAUCAAGAAGCCUGAUUCUGAGAAUUCCGGCGCGGGGGACUGUAAUAAUAGGGAGGAAUUUGAUUGGGUGGAGGGACAUACGCAUUGGUCGAAUUUUUUGAGGUACAAAGAGGUUUUCGGGGACUUGCCAAUAGGGAAUGGUAGUAAUGCCGAUUUGGCGACGGUGAUGAAUGGUGAAAAUGGUGGGGGUUUCAUGGAGAGGGGGAUGGAUAUGGUGGGGUUUGGACCAAUGGAUAAUGAUGGGAAUGGGGAUUUUCCAGUGGCAGGGAUCAAUGGCAUUGAGAAUGGGGUGAUGGGUUUUGGUUUUGAGUAUGAUGGAGAGGAAGUGGAGGAGGAUUAUAAUGGGAAUGAUCAGGUUAGAGAGGGCAGGGACCCUGGUUUUGUGUAUGAAGAAGUAAAUAUGAAUGGGUCCAAUUCAAAGAAGAAGAGGAAAGUGUUGAAAGGUUUGGAAAGGAAGGCAUGGGGGUUUCUUGCAAACCAGUUGGGGCAGUUGAGGGAAUUGGAGGCUCGGUUUGAGCAGCGUGAGCAGGAGAGAGAGCGUGAGAGGCAAAGGAGAGAGAGUGUCCGGGUGGAGGUGGAGAAAGAAUGGGAACGAAAAUGGGAAGAGAGUGAAAAGGAUAUGGAAGAGCGAGAGAAGGCUAGGGAGAAGUUGAGGAAGCAGAGAAUUCGAGAAUGGGAAGCUCUGGAGAAGGAGAGUGAGGAGAGGGAAAGAAGAAGAAGAGAGGAAGAGUUGAUUCAUGAGAGAGAAUGGCAGGAGAGGAUGAAUAGGAGAAGGUCAGAAUGGAAGAAGAGGAUUGAUGAUUUGCUGAAUCAGCAUCGGGCAGACAUGGGCCAGAUUCAGACCCGAAUUCUUCAUGAGCAGCAAAACCUCACCAACCAGUUGCUUGGGAUUGUCUCUCAAUGGACCGCUCAUCCAGCUGGGCUUUCUGAUCAUACUAGUGCUAGCAACCAUUAUCUUUCACAGAUGAUGCAGAAUCUGCAUCAUGUAAAUGGUAUGGUUCAUGGAGAUACAAGGGUUGAGGGAGAUAAUCAAGAUGAUCAAUUCAUUGUUGAUGGCUGAAGCUAUUAGAGGAUGAUUAUGGUCACGGGAAGAAGUGUAAAGAUUCAACAAGGCAGAAAUACUAGGGGUGCAGUCACUGCAGUGCCAAUGAGACUCGAAGGAGUAGAUAAGAUGGCAAGCAUGGACAUUACACCAGCAGCUAUGUGGAAAGUCUUGGAAAUGGUGACAGAAGAAGCUUACCCAAGCAGGCAAUUAUUUUACGUCAUCCUGGAUGUUCAUUAUUUGAGAUUGCUAAAUGGCAAUUUGUUACCUUGACCCAUAAAACUGAUCAGAAUCAGUCGGUUUGAAUUGGAUUUGGGGGCUAACCUGCACAUUAUCUGGUAGUGUUUCGAUAAGUCUCAGGCUUGCCUGUUGAAACUUUAUUUAUUAUGUGGUGUUUGCUGUAUUUCUUUUAAUUCAAAUUUUGAUUUUUGAUGUACUUUGUAUAUUUGUUGGCUUGGUGACUGGAAAAUAAGUAUGGUUUGGGCGGGACAAUUUUGCGCAUCCGGAAAAUGAUUAAUUGC